AUGGCGAGGACCAUCCGCGAGCAUUCCACAAGCUACCGCAAGCGAUACCCCGAGCGGUACGAACCAGCGUGUUCCGACGAGAUCAUCCUCGAUGAUGCCACUGUCCGCGAAAUCACUCCGAUGUCACCGUUCCUCCCGGCGGCGUCUACCCAAACAACGCACAUGGAAGCUUGGGCCAAUGCCGAUGCUCCAUCCCGCAUGAAGAGCGAGACACAUGCGUUUUACCGGGAGUAUGUCCAUAACGAUUGCUUCGAUGUUGACGAGUUGAAUGGAUGGUCAUUUUACAACCUCGAACUUGUCAAGACGUUGCUUCUCUAUGGCGAGAUGGACAUCAUCCUACGCGUGUGUGCGUCUCCCGAGGUGGAUCUGCGGACAUGGCACUCGAUGGAUAACGCUGGCUGGGAUCUCAUCUACCGGAUGGCAUUGCUGCCGUACAUCGCCCUCAAUCUGAUCCACUUCUUCCCUGACACCUGGGACUUAAGAUCAGGCAGGACCGGCCAGAAAGACUACCGCCAGAUGAGGGCCUAUCUUGUCAUGCUUAAGGCGUUGACCCAGCUGAGAGACGGAUGGAUAAUUUCGGAAAUCGCUGCAUACCCGCACUGGCAGUUCUUCGGCAUUAACCAGAAGGAUGGUUAUGUCGUCAAGCUUCAUGAUCAACCUGAAGACCAAAGGGACCGAGAGGGCGUGCCGGCGGAGCUGGUCUCGGAAAUCAUGGAUACGGCCGAGUAUGGCCCGACAACAGCAAGGCUUGAGCUACAGCACCACCCCUUCCAUCGAUUCAACGAGAAAGAGCUAGCAAAGUACGUGAAGUACUGCUGGCAGCUGCUCAUACGAUGCGACAUGAUGGCGACGGCCCUCGGCCUGCUGAUUCCCUGGCACGAGUUGAUAUCGGAUGCCAUGGCUUAUACGCUGAUAGGUGGCGGCCCGGAUGGGAAAGAGUGGUUUGCAACAGAUCACGGGAAAACGUUGGAAGAUGAGAAGGCCUGGACCUAUACGUUUUUAUACUGA